CUCUGCAUCACACGAAUACAAUCUUAUCCUGCGAGUUUACGGACAAGACCAGCCCCUACCAAUGACAUCACCUUCUAAUGAGCGCUCUGUGCCGAUCUGGGGUCGCAGCAUGGCUCAGAAAAAAAAAUCCCUGAAGGGCUGAGAUGAGGAGCGCUACAGCGUUUCUCCUCUCUCACCAGCUGAACUGUCUUGAGCCCGGCCAGCUAACACACGCGGGAUGGCGGAGGAAAGCAGGGGCAAGCGCAGAAAGCAGGCGAACCCCAAGAGGAACCAAGUAGACUUCGAGAAGCUGACAGCCCUGGGAUCGGAAGGGGAAGAUGAGGAAACCCACUCCGGCAUGGAGGGCCCGGACAGUCACGAGAAGAGCAGCCUCACAGCCAGCGAUGGGACAGAGGCCCCUAGUCCCGCGCUGUGUGCCCGGGGCCGGAGCCUGAGCCCAGAGCCGUGGGCCGGGAGCAGUGCGGAGGAGGAGCGCGCCAUCCCACAAGCCCUUUACGGUCAGGGUGAACCACCCAUCACAGAUGAGGAGAUGGAGCGCUAUGACUUUCUGAAGAGGCUGAGGGAGGCCCCGAAUCCGGCAAGCCCCCCAGACCGUCUGUCGCAGAACGGCACUGCUGUUAUUUACCCAGCAGCCCCCGACGAGGAUCUGCCCCCAAGGAGCUGGUCUCCAGGGGCACAUGGCUCACCCGAGGUACAAGAAGCGGUACCCGGGAGUCCUGAUGGUACAAGGGGGUUUCUUGCGUGCCCGUUCUGCCAGCGCACAUAUCGCCGUGAUGCGUCCCUCCGCGAACAUGUGAAAUUUUGCCAUGAGAGAGACAGCGGCGAUCUGGCGUGCCCCUUGUGUGGAUACAGCACCACCUACAGGCCGCAGAUGGAGAGGCACAUGCUAAUGCACAACCAGGCGCAGAGCAAGCAUCCAUCGUUUGAGCAAGCAACAGAGAACAGGAAAUUUAAAUGUACACAGUGUGGAAAGGCCUUCAAAUACAAGCAUCACCUGAAAGAGCACAUUCGCAUUCACAGUGGCGAGAAACCUUACGAAUGUGCCAACUGCAAGAAGAGAUUCUCGCACUCUGGUUCCUACAGCUCGCACCUCAGCAGCAAGAAGUGUCUGAGCGGGGGCAACAUGAACGGACAGUCAUAUGGCGGACAAAACGUCAACUCAUCUCCAUCAUCACCCACAAUGAAUCUUCUCCCAGCGGCAGGCGCCAAAGACACCAUGAAAGGCCUGGGCUCUCUGUAUGUUUUCAGACCACAAGAGAGGUCCCUGGAAAAGCCUCAUAUGGAGGACUUGAUUUCACAGGAUAGCCUGGUUUUUGCCAGGAGCAGGGACAUGGGAUCGGACACAGUGGAAUUCCCGCACCAUGCUUUUUUUAAGGGGACCGCACUAAUGCCUUAUUUGCAUCCACACAGCAAGUUCGAGCACCUGCUCCAGAAGAUGCUCCAGAGAAGUGCUAACAGUGAACUGGGAGAAAACUUUUCCAUGGGAGGAGAGGACAGAGGUGUGCAGCCAGGUAGAGACCCUUCCCAGGAUGGGAACGACACCCAGGAGAGUUACAAGCCCUGGAUGGAAAGGGACAAGGUAUCUUGCCAGUCUUCGGAGUCAGAGGGGAGCGUGUCAAAUGGGGUGACAUGCAGGUGGUGCUCUCAGCUAUUCCCCAGUGCCGCUGUUUUGUUCCAGCAUGAGAGGUACCUGUGCAAGAUGAACAGGGAGGCCAUGGAGGUCCCAGAAGGUCCUAGAGGCAAGGAUGAUUCCCCUCUUAACUUCUCCAGGCACUCCCCAGGACAUGAGGGCGUAGCUUUGGGCCCUGCUACCAAUGGCUAUUCCGAAGACAGGACAGCAUUACCCAGACUGAGGCCACUUCACCAUCAGCACCCAGCUGCCAUGCUGUCCCCAACUCUUACAUGUCCAAGCACCCUCAGCCCUCAUGCAUUCUGGCCACCACAUCUCAAGGAAGGAGGUAGCCCAGCUAACCCUAGCAGCCCUUCUGCAAUGGAGGUAGCCACUCCUCCCUACCAGGAGCGAGGGCGCGUGCCACCCGGGGCGGGGUCUGCUCUGCGUUCCCCUCCUUCUAAGAAGGCCGUUCUUUCCUGCAGGACCCCUACCUCCGGUGGCUUGCAGUCAGAGCCUUUGGACUUGUCUCUGCCCAAGUCCAGAGAGGAACCCAGUGAGGAGAGAAACAGGAACGGUAGAUCCCCGGCCAUUGAAAAGAAGGAGAUGGCAAGCCCACCCAGGAAAACGCCACCCCCGCACCAUGAGGCGAUGUAUAGCAGGAGCUCGGGGUUUGGCCACUCAGUUUACAGUCCUUUCCCCCUGUUUAACUCCAUCCUGACCCCCAGCCUGAGAAAUGCAGGACAAGAUGGCCUGCCACCAAUACCACUGAAUCCAGCAGCAGCUAAGACUGGUUUCCUCUCUCCCAUGACCUACAUGUUUGAAUCAGACCCAGAGUCCUUCCUAAAGAGAAUCCAACAGGAGAGACAAGCAAUGAUUGGGGAGGCCAUGACCAGGGGGUGUCUGGACUACCUCUCUUUCACUGAUGACGGCACAGAGGGAGACUACGGCCCAGGCAGAAAGCGGCUGAAGAAAACAGAAGAGGGGCUCUACGCCUGCGACAUCUGUGACAAAACGUUUCAGAAGAGCAGUUCACUCCUUCGCCAUAAGUACGAGCACACAGGCAGGAGGCCGCACCAGUGUAAGAUCUGCAAGAAGGCAUUCAAGCACAAACACCAUCUGAUUGAGCACUCUCGUCUGCACUCCGGUGAAAAGCCCUACCAGUGUGACAAGUGCGGCAAGAGGUUCUCCCACUCUGGGUCCUACUCCCAGCACAUGAACCACCGCUAUGCCUACUGCCGCAGAGACAUGGACCCUGACGCCAUGGGGGAGGAGCUGCAGCCAGGAGCCACACCCCUUCGCGAAUCCUCCUCCUACUCAGAGGACGGCCUGGACUUGGACACAGCCCCCAGCAGGGCGGGGCUACGACUAGAGGUCACACCUUCAUACUUUGCAGAUGCUGCCCUCGAUCUGGGCUCUGGCUCCCAAAGCGAAGAGCUACUAACGGAGACUUCGUCUCCUUCUUUGGUGAUGCAAAACGUGUUUUCCUCUGCUGCCCAGAGGGCAGAGCUUCAGCAGCAGCCGAUGCCUACCGACGAGUCCUCUUUGACCGAGGACGGAGAACAGGGCAGUGAAGACAGCGAUGAGCAGCAGGCACCGGCGGACAACGGGCACCAGACAGAGCAUGAAGUGGACAGGACUAACAGCGAGGAAAGUGACAGCUAUACGUCAGAAAAAACAUUGUGCCCUGCCGACGAUGGUACAGAAGAACAGGGCCAAGAGGCAGAAGACACAAAGGGAUAGCACAGUGUUUCUGGAAGGCCAGCAAUUGCAUUGGACAGUUCUCCCAAAGAGAGCUUUUGAAAAAUAAAUGGUAUCUUUUUUUAUGGGGCUCACACAAAGUUUACAAAGACUUUGGACCACGUCAUGCACAAAAGCAUGAUAAAUCCCUGUCAGUGCCUAUAAAUGAUCAAAGCCGUGGCUUUAUCAAUUAAGACAACAACAUUUGCAAUACAUUUAACACAUUGCUAAGUUCAGUACAUUGGAAGAUGCUCUCUGUGUGCAUUGUAUUCAAACUGCUUAUAGGAUAACAACCCCUGAUCAAGUCAAUGUGGAACAAACAGCAUCAAUCACACCGCUUAAACUCUAGUGUGUACAGUAACUGCCAAAAUAUGCUUUGCUUCCAGAUGGGGAGAGAAAAAAAAGACUGAUUGCCAUCAAGGCUCUCUUUCCGCAGAAUGGCUGUUACAAUGAACAAAGAGAGAAGCUUCACAUUUAGCAUGUGGGAUGAAGUGUGGAGACACUACUGGACUGGCUCCUGGAAGACAAGAAUGUGUGUCCUACGUAGGACACAUUGUAAUUGGCUUUUAUUUAUUCAUGAGUAUUGCUUUAUCAGUAUUUUAUAAAACAUGCUGGUGCUAAACCCUCUAGAUACAUUGCUAUUGUAAAUUUAUGCAGCCACACGGCGAUAAACACAAACUCCUCAAACAGAUUUUUUCUUGAAAAAAAACACCCUGAUCAUGCAAAACUGUGACGCACACCAGGGAUUUUAUUUUAAUUUUUUAAAUUUAGAAAUUUUCUAAAUAUCUAGAGAAAUCUACUCUAUUUUCUAUAAGCGAGAUUGCUACAGACCAGGCAGAUCUGAGAAGGAAGGAUUUUGUUUAAAUUCUUGAUUUGCUAUUUUUUCAUUCUACUAUUUUUUUUUAUGAAAGAGUAACGGAGCAUGCUGUGCACAAAGAAAAAAUAAUUUUAGAAAGAUUAAACAUUGAGUGUUCUUUACAAAAGGGAAUAUUACCUACCUCCAUCUGUGUGUUAUUUAGAGCUUGCUUAAGGAUGCUUUUGUUUCAAAGUGGCUUGCAUAUAAAACACAUAAAAACACAUACGGUACAGUGCUCAUAUAAAAACAAUUUGAGGGCCCAAUUACCUCAACCAAUAAAGGUGCCGCUUCUGAGAACAAGGUGAGCACUUUAGACCAGACCCUGGUGGCAUAAGGUCAAAACGUGGUACAUUGUAAAGAUGUGGUUGGCGUACCAAAAUGACACCUGUACUCUCAGAAAGCGGGACAUUGAAUUUUUUGGUACAUUUGCCUAGUGAAGAGAUGCAAGGAGUCACAGAGCAGUCCAGUGAAGGUCUGAGAUGAGUUUAAUUGUAACGAAAAUGGCCACUUCCAGAGAUUACUGAAGGAGACACACUCAAGGUGUACUUCCUACAGUUUCCACAAAUUACGAAUUAGGUGUUACAUAUGUUUUCAUAGUCUGAGCCCAGCUAUGCUCACCCUAUGAUAAUACCAUGAAUGGGGGUUAAUGAGUGUGCAUUCCUCUCAUGGUCAAGUUGCUAUUCAUGUUGAUGUUAUCCUGCCUUUCAGCUAUUUUUGAGGCAUCACGUACAACAGCAGGUGUCUGUUUAAAAUUCCUUUUUAACUCUUUGCGCUCGCUGCCCUCUCUCUGCCAGAGCAGCAGGCUCCAAUCGGUGAGCCACCCCUGUGCACACCCAGGAAAAAGGUCUGAGCGUGCACCCAGUACCAUAAUAAUAACAUGGUUUCAGUCCCAAUCUGGACAGUCAUCUCCCUGCGACAGAUGGGUUAGCUCGUACUGGCGAAGGUAGAUUCAGGCUGGCAAUGCACCUGUGGGUUUGCAAUGUCACCAGCGAGAGAGAGCACUCCUCCAAUGGAUGCCUAAACUCCUACUCAUGUGUAAAAACUGUCUGAAUGCUCCAACAAGAGCCUGUUUCUUCAGGAUAGCACACACAGCCCCCCAACCCACAGCACUGUAAAGCAGUUAUAGUGGUGAUUUGAGACUGCUGACUCCAAAAUGGGAGGAUAUAAAAAGGAUCCAUAAUUAUCCAUUUAUAAUUCCAAAUUAAGAGAUUAUUGGAGACUUUGUUCAUGAUGAAGGUAGGUAAUUACCCUGUAGCUAUGGUUGGGCUGCUGCACAGUCCUAACCUUUAAUGCACUGUUUAUCUAACUGUGGACAGAUGGGUUUUGAAACCCUUAGUCCACUGUUUUUCAACUUUAAAACAUUCCUUGCUUUUUCUACAUUAAAUCUGUAUUUUGUUGACGUAGCUACGUGGAGAAGCUACACACCAUCUUAAGCUUUCUAUAUCCCAUUGCAGUGUUUGUUAAGCACAAAUAAUUUAGUAUUUUAGUACAGAUAAGUUUGAUCUGUGGAUUAACUUUGGAUAUUUUUGCACUGUUUAAAAUUUGGAAAGAUGGACUUUGAUAUUAUUGUUGUUGUUAUUUUGUAAGAAAUGUUCAAGUGCAAUUGCUUCUGCUUAGAAUGUAACAAAUUAACAUGCUGGAACCUUUUUAAAAAACUGCAUACUUUCAAACAAAGAGCAGUCUGCCUUGUCUUGCGCAUGUAAAGAGCUGGGAAGAGGUGGGAGGUGGGUGGUGGUGAAGAGCUAUUGUGAUCUACCCUCGUUUUCAGGUGCAGAGAUGCCUUAAAUCUAAUGCACGCUUAUGGCAAGCAGAUAGAAUCUUAUCUACACUCACUAGCAGAGAAGGGGAAAAUCUUCUGCAACAAUCUACACAGAUUAAAGCUGUAAAGUGAUUACAGAGGGGUUACUGGGUAUACAGCCACUGUAUGUUUACCUGUAUCUGAAAAGGGAAGCAAACCUUGUUCACUCUGCUGCACAUCAUAGCAGGGCAGGACACUCUAUCCUUAAACAGGGAAGGGGCAGAAACAAAGCUAGUGCCCAUCAGCUAGAUAUCCAGGCCUGCACAGAACUGAGAAAGAAAGGAGGAAUACAGACACCCAGCAUAGAGCAGACUAACUACGAUCACUGCUGUAAUGCCACAAGUCACACAGCUGUCACGUACUUCGUGAAAAUGCUUUGUUAAUUAGCAAGAUCAAGAGCAAUUUGCACAAGAGCUGGUCCAGAUUUUGCUAGUCCAAACCAGCAUUGACAAAUUCUGUGAAAUUUCAGGCCGUGAGUGUAGAUCUGCGACUGUAAGUCUGUACAUGGAGGGGACCAAUGCUGAAGGCAUGAUACCACUGUUUAACUUGUACUGAUAAGAAGCUAUUGAAGACAAGAUGCUUUUUGCAAGCAUGUGCCUUUCUUUCUGUCUAAUUUUACCACACGUGGGUACAAAAGCACACUAUAGCUGCAACUCUGAAGAAGUGGGUGCUAAGAAUUUGCGGUUGCUUUAUACUUGUUUUUUCUCUUUUGUAUAAUAAAUUCUAAGUAUUUUUGGUGACCUUUAAAAAUGUAUUUUAUAAACACUUAAAUGUUAUCUUGCAACAGUAUCACUUUGUAUUUUUAUUAUUCUUAAUUUCUUCUGCGCUAGGUUUGUUUUUUCUACAUUUGUGUGUAAAUACCU